AUGAAUUACUCACGGCCACCUUCGCGCGACUCUUGGUUCUCGCCGGUCUCGGUCGAUCUCUUGCUCAAGGUCCUCAAUAUCACCCUCUUCCAUCCAUUUAUUGCAUGGCUCCUCCCGCUAUGCCUUCGCGCCCGCCACAUGGAAUACGAAGAAACCCCGAUGCGAGUCACAAUAGCAUGGGCCAUAGUGGUUACGUUCCUUUGGCUGCUGAACAAGUUCAGCCAUAAGCUAGCCUAUGGCAUGCACCGCGAGGUCGACCUCAGCGAAGAGGUUAUUGUCAUCACCGGCGGCGCCAGCGGGCUAGGUCUGCUCAUUGCCGAGGUGUACGGAAUGCGUGGAGCCACAGUUGCCGUCCUGGACGUGGCUGAGCUGGAAAGCACAGAUGUGAGGGGCAUCACGUACUACAAAUGUGAUAUUACCGACAAGGAGCAGAUUUCUCGUGUCCGCAAGGAGAUUGAGCGUGACCUGGGCCUACCGACGGUCCUGAUUAACAACGCGGCCGAGGUGGUGGGCAAGAAGCUGCUCGAAGUGGACAUUGAAGAGAUUGAGCGCAGCUUGAAGACAAAUCUCCUCAGUCACUUCUACACCAUCAAGGAGUUCCUCCCCGGUAUGCUCCGGAGUGAGGUCGGAGGCACCAUUGUCACUGUAUCCAGCGUCAUCGGCCACCUGGGUGCCGCACGGCUGAGUGAUUACGCUGCCGCCAAGGCCGGUGUGACUGCGCUGCACAAGUCUCUUGCUGCAGAAUUGCAGGAGUACCCGGAGAUCAAGACCAUUAUCGUAACUCCUGGCCAGCUCAGCACGCCCCUGUUUUAUGGUGUACAGUCACCCAACUCGUUCAUCGCUCCAGUCGUCGAACCAGUCGAUGUAGCAAAGGAGGUAAUCGCGGCAAUCGAUUUGGGAGUCAGCGACCAUAUCGGCGCCCCAUUGUAUGCUCGAUGGAUCGACUGGUACAAUGUCUUGCCUGUAGGCCUACAAAGAAUUGCACGCAACAUUUCGGGCAUUGAUAGAAGUAUGCAAGCGUUCGUUGGACGCCGAGGCGAUUCGCUUAGCGAAAAGAAUGGAGCAGCGAGGUGA